GUGUUUGAUCACCACUGAAGCUUUUUGUUCUAAAUGUGGUAGUGCUGCAGUAUCACACCACAAAGCUAGUUUCGCUCUCAUACACUGUUAAUUGUUAAUAAUAGAGAGCUAUUUAUGUCAUGUCCUAGUCGUACCUUGAGGUAUAUCGUGAAAAAAGUAAACAUAAAUGCACAUCUUAAUUUGUAGCUAAUGCAGUUUGAUAGAAGCAGGAGAAGGACACAGUCCGCAUUUUCAGAAGAAAACAUGAGUGCCGCACCCUGUCUUCUGUGCGUAAAACCUCCCGCGUAGGUGCAUCAUCAUCCUCUUCAUCAUCACACACCACGUUUCUCCCAGCAGAGGGAUAACGGCUCACCUCGCGGACAGGUUGGACUCAGAGAUGGGAGUGGAGCGGAGGUUUUUCAGGCUAUGACACGGACACACCGGGCGGGAAGGAUGGCUCUCAACAGCAGGGAAAUGCUGUGCUUGAUCGGAUCCGCCUGCCUCUGGCUGCCGCUGUUUGCUGAGGUGGUGGUUGAGGACAGCUACUUAAACGAGGUGCAGAACUCAGUGCCUCUGUCCUGCUCUGAGGGAUUCACUGAGUUGGGAUACUACAACGGCACCGUGUCUCAGACAGACUCUGGCGCCCCCUGUCUGAAGUGGACCGAGUUUCCAGACUAUGUGAUGCAGUACCCAGGCCGUGGGCUGGGCGACCACAGCUUCUGCAGGAACCCGGACAGAGAAUCAAACCCCUGGUGCUUCUUCAGACAGAACUCUGGAGCCAUCGGAUGGGCCUACUGCGACUGUCACCAGGGUGCAGCUCGUCUGGUUGGCAGUUUGUCCUCUGGCAGCGGGCGUGUUGAGGUCUACCUGAACGGGCAGUGGGGAGCAGUGUGCGACUCUCAUUGGUCAGACAGAGACGCCAGUGUGAUCUGCAGGCAGCUCGGCCUGGGUGACAUCGGCACGGCCCUGCAGCACUCACAGUUUGGCUCGGGCUCAGGCCUCUUUCACUAUGAGCGCCUGGGUUGCCGUGGUGACGAGAACAGUCUGAGUAAGUGCCGGAGCAGGACGUUCGUCACAGGUGACUGUAGCCAUGGAAACGAGGCAGCAGUGUUGUGUGCGGCACCAGAAGGUAGUGGUCCUCCGCUGCGUUUGGUCGGUGGCGAGGAAGACUUUGAAGGUCGGGUGGAGGUGUUUCAUGCAGGCAGGUGGGGCUCCAUCUGUGACGACCAAUGGGACGACAGAGAUGCUGAGGUGGUGUGCAGACAGCUGGGGUUCGGGGGAGUAGCGAAGGCCUGGUCCUGGGCUCACUUCGGUCAGGGUUCAGGUCCGAUCCUGCUGGAUGCUGUGAAGUGCUCCGGAAACGAGCUCUUCCUGGAGCAGUGUCCCCACGGCGAAUGGGAGCAGCACAACUGUGAUCACAUGGAGGACGCCGGUGUCUCCUGCAGCCCUUAUACAGACGGCGUGGUGCGUCUGGUCGGAGGAGACAGUCCCUGGGAGGGCCGAGUUGAAGUUCUCCACAAUGGUGACUGGGGGACUGUGUGUGACGACCACUGGGCGCAGCAGCACGCAGAGGUGGUCUGCAGACAGCUGGGCUACAGGGGUCACGCUGAGGUGGUUUCAGACGGAGCAUUUGGCGAGGGAGUCGGUCUGAUUCUGCUAGACGAAGUCCACUGUGAGGGAUCUGAGACAUCUCUGCUGGACUGCCGACACGGGAUCUGGGGGAGGACAGACUGCUCCCACAGCGAGGAUGUUGGUGUUCGCUGCAGGGGACAAACCAGCCAAGAAACCAACGAGGUGCCAGCUAUCGCACCUGCUACAGGUCCUCUGGUGCGUCUUGUUGGUGGCAGCAGCAGAAAGGAGGGCCGGGUCGAGGUGUAUCUCCAUGGCGACUGGGGGAGUAUUUGUGACUCGGGCUGGAAUGAUCUGAAUGCAGUGGUGGUGUGCAGACAGCUUGGACACAGUGGUGGAGCGGUCGCAGCAGCAGGGUUUGGUCAGGGGAAAGGACCCAUCCACCUGGACCAGGUGAGGUGCACAGGAAAGGAGGAGUUCUUAGGGGAGUGUCCUUCUCUGGGUCAGAGGAUCCAGGGCUGCAGACGAAGGCAAGACGCGGGGGUCAGAUGUGACGUCACGCCGAAGAAGACAGCCGUGCAGGUCAGGCCUCAGGAGCAGAGCUGUGGGCUGAGGAAGCUAGUGGAGGGGGAGAGCAAGAGGAGGAGCCAAGGAGAGGAGAACAUGCUCAGGAGCACGUGGCCAUGGCAGGUGUCUGUGUGGCUUCACUCUCAUGAAGAAAACGGCGGCGGUCCUCUCUGCAGCGGCACUCUGAUCAGCCCCUGCUGGGCUCUGACGUCUGCUACUUGUGUCAGCAGGUUCGGCAGUGAUCCGUCCCGGUACGUGCUGCGUAUCGGGGCGUCGGAUCAGCUGGUGACCCCGGAGCAGCUGGUGGUUCACAGGAAGUUCAAGGGUCAGAGCGGGGGCCAUGAUCUGGCUUUAUUGAAGCUUCCUAGCACCAAGGGUCACUGCUUGACCUUUGACCCCAACACCAAUGCAGCAUGCCUUCCUGCUGCAGACAUAGCAUCAGGGGGAAGUCCCCCAGCUUCUUGUAUUGUUAUGGUCACCGCUAGCUUGACAGGACCAGAAUCCGUCCUCGCCUCCUGGGUCCCUCUCAUGUCCUCAUGGCAAUGUAAGAAGCGCUAUGGCGACAGCUUCUCCAGCCACGGCACGCUGUGCGCUGGCAGUCCUCCCGACACUAGCCUCCUCCAUGGUGACAGUUGUCAGGGUAACUCCGGCGGCGGGCUGGUGUGUCAGGAGGAGUCAGGGCGAUGGGUCCUCACUGGUGUGGUCGCCGGGGGUAAUGGUUGCUCCGCCCCCUCCUCUCCCGCUCUCUACACCCGAGUGAGCCGCUUCAAGAGCUGGAUCGAUGAGGUCAUCGACACACGGGCGCGCCCAGAAGAGCCGGGCGCACAGGCGCAAGAGGAGAUAACACCCCUGGACAAUGACUUAACACACACACACAGCGACAUGCACGGCAAGCUCCAACACACACACGACAAACAGGAAACAAAUGAAAUCAGUGAUAUCAAACACACACACACUCAUCACUCACACACUAACCACCAUGGUAACACACACACUGGAAGCCCACACACCCACACAAACACACAAAUCCAGGUCUGAUUGAGGCCACGCCAUUGGCUAACCAUCUGUGCCAUGUGACCGCCUGAGAUGGAGGAGGGCGAGUUAAAGAAGUAAACUUUGAAGAUGCUCAAACUUUAAAUCUGUGCUCAUUUUGAAAUCUGAACUCCGUGUUGUGAAUCCAAAGUGUGUGUGUGUAUGUGUGUGUGUGUGUGGUUUGUCGGUGUGGGCAGAUGUACCCGCGCUGCCAGAGUGUGUGGGUGGUGUGUGGUGCUUUACAUGCGAGUUUGAGCCUGAAACCAUGAGCCAGAACCACAAAGUGAUGAGUCCUGAAGGUUUAGUUUGAGCCUGGCGUGCUGAUCCGAGCCUUUCACUGGAAAAAAAAAACUCAGCAUGGCAUGAAUUUAAACGACGACAAAUAUCUGAGGGAUGGUCACACGAGAAUCUAUGCUAAAAACCGACUAUUAAAGUGUGUCUUCUGUGCCAGAUGUUUAGUACAAAUCUCCACAAACUAACCACCGAUCAUCUGGAAUCAAGGGUUUAAUGUGUAUCAUUAUCAUCCCUCUGAUGUUAUUAAUCAAGAUUAACUCCUGCAUAACGCGACCCUCGUCCCAAGUUCAGUUUUUAUAAAAAUCCAGCUGUGGAUGUUGUCGCUUUCUUCAAACAGGGCUUCAGGCUGUUGUCGUUAACCUUUACUGUUCAAAGUGCUGUUCAGACCCAGACUAAGCUAUUUAACUCACAACCAUACGUCUGAUUUGACAAGUUUUAGUGCUUUAUUCUUAACAAGUGAUGUACACUUCACACUGCUGCUGAUUGUUUUGGUGCUUGACUGCUGAUACAUUUAAAAAACUUAACCUAACCAAGACUGCAAAUAAUGGAAAAACUUGAGAAGCAAUAAAGGGGGGGAAAAAAAUCAGGAAAGUGCUGAAUUCAUAAUAAUCAAUCAUCUUCCCUGUUUAACAGUUUUUACAAAAUAAUCUCCAUCAAGUUCUUUAUGUAAGGGUUUAAAAAAAAAAAAAAAAAAGUCAAGUAUUUGGAGACAUUUAAGAAAUUCUAAAUCCAAGGAAAACAACAAAAUGCAGUAUUUUUUUUUACUGUUGAUUUAACAUUUGUAAAGCUCCUGUGAGGAGUUUUUCACCAGUAAUGAAACUAACUCAAAUUAACCGUGAUGCCUCCAUAUGACCUACAAAAGCAAACUAAGACCAUCAGGAGUGAGAGGGAUUUUUUUAAUGCAGUAUUUUUUGAGGUUGUCUGCCCUGCUCCCAGGUCGGUUUCAGACGAGAGGAUUAACAGAAAACAGACUUUGUUGUAAUUUUUCAACUGCAACGAUUCCCCAACCUAUGUUUGGUUGAUAAAGAAAGCAGAAAGAAAUCGUACAUAUUUACAGGACAAAAACAACAAAGAGAUAAAAUGUACCGCUAUGUCCACAGGGGGCGCCAAAUUUGAUACAAACCACACGUUCUCUACAGCAGGGGUUCCCAAAGUGGGGGUCACCAAAUGUCUUCCAAGACUUCUUUUUUAAGUAUUCUAGAAUUUAAUAUUUUACACAUUAUUGUAUAAAUAUAGACAAAAUACUAAUUACAUUUGAAAAAAUACUUUUUUUUUCAUUAGUUUCUGCGCUUUUUUGUAGUUAGGUGACUCCUUAGCGUUAGAGUAAGGCUUAGUUAAAAGUAAAUUAACAGAAUUAUCAGUAGCAGUGAGUUAACUCCCAGCAGUACCUAUAUUUCUAGGGGUUGCAAGUCUUUGACUCCUACAUUUUUGGGGGUCGAAGGUCUUCAGCACCUAUAUUUCUUGAUGGUCACAAGUUUUUGGCACCUAUAUUUUUUUGGUUCCCAAGUUUUUUUCACCUAGAUUUUUGGUGGUCACAAGUCUUUGGCACCUAUAUUUUGGCAUAGUCUUUGGCACCUACAGUUUUGAGGGUCACAAGUCUCUGGCUCCUACAAUUUUGGGGGUAGUCUUUGGCACCUAUAUUUUUGGAGGUCACAAGUCUUUGGCUCCUAUAUUUUGGGAGUCACGAGCCUUUGGCACCAAUAUUUUUUGGGUUCGCAAGUUUUUGGCACCUAUAUUUUUGGGGUCGCAAGUCUUUGGGACCUACAAUUUUGGGGGUCAUGGGCUGAAAAGUUUGGGAGCCCCUGCCUUACAGGAGCUUUAAAGUAAAAUUUCAAUGGGCACCCUUUGCAAAUUAUGAUGCAAUACAUCAUUAAAAAGAACAACAACCAAAAGUUGUUAAAUCUGAGCCAUAAAAUAAUAAUAAUGAUUAUGAAUAAGUCCACAUUUGAACCUCUGUUUGUAGAGCCUCUAACAUUUCAACCCCCUCUUUCUGUGAUUAGUUCCUUUAGUCUUUUUAAAGCAUAUUAAAGUAAGAAUUGUCUCCUUCUGAAAAGUGUUCUAUUUUCCAGGAGGUCUUCGUUUCCAUCGAUUUUCUUGCAACAUAAAAACCAAGUAACAGACUCAUCAAACUUGCAGAGUUCAACAAAAGAACCUCCAAACAUGCACAUGUUUUUUGAGGCAGUGCAUUCUUUAUAGUUCAUUUAAACAGCAUCAUCUUUCACCGAUAAUGGAGAGAGAAAUCCUGGAAACAUGAUGUUUGCUGACACAACACCAGCGAGUUUUAAGAGUCUGCUGAUUGAUUUCUCAUCCCCAAGAGGGGGGAAAAGAAAAAGCAUCUUCCUGGAAAAUAUACAGAAACCCUGACAUAUCACAGCAUGGUGUGGUCAGCAGUUAUGUGAAGUGUACACGAUUUGUUGUGCUUGUAUUCAAGGAGCUAAAACUUGCUAUAGCAGCGGUAUGGUCCUUUUAAUUGUACAGGAUUCUUCUUAAAAGCCAUUGGACGCUUACUGUUGGGUUGUUAGAUAUCUUUUUGUACUGAUUUCAGCAGGUGGCUCUAGAUAGAAAGGUAGAUAGAUAAGCAGAUAGAUAGAUAGAUAGACAGCUAGAUAGAAAGUUCUCCAGACCUUAGCUCGUACGUGUACUGCAUUCAUUCUUGACUGAAUUAGAUAGACAAACUCUCCUUAAUGUUGUCUGUUCUGUUGUAUUCUGAGCAGAUGUGCGAUCCGACCACAAGAGGGCGACGUUGCUCUAUUUUCACAGGGCAUCAUGUCCCUGAUGGUUCUUUUUCUACUGUUGCUAAUAAGUGUUGGGACUUGACUUGUGCUUUGAUGUACUGUGAACCAUUGUGUCGUGAAGCAUCCUGUAACCUGCAACUGCUGAUCCGCCGACAUCUGAAGCUUGUUGUUAUUACCCUGUACAUACUCUCAAUGCUACUCACUACUUCUUUCCUCUAAGAUUUGGUGUUUGAACAUGCAGAUCCUGUAGGUAAAUGUAAAUAUGAUUAAUGUGUGUCUAUAGCUGGACGAUGAGGGCGCAGUGUAGAGUGUUUACCUGGGUUAAACCCACCUGCUGUUCCUCGGUGUAAUGUGCUGAAUCAUGGUCGAGUAUUAAAAUGUAUACCUGGUGAGAACAAGU